AUGGCUUCACAAAUACGACACUCGCCAGCAUCUUCAACAUGCUCAACUCUCAGCAUCGACGAGCUCAACGCCGCCGCCCUGGACCACUUCAUCUACACGCCCGUGUCUAGGAGUAUGAUCUCGUAUCUCGCCACGGCAGCAUGCAGCGUCAUCCAGUGCGACCCGACAAUGAUGCCUCCACCGCCAACCGCGGCACCUCAGAACUCCAGGUUACCACCCACGCCACCAAAGACCCCACCACCGCGCGCCGUGCCGGCAGAAGAUGCCGGACUGCCCACUCUGGAGGAGUUCAUCACCCAGCUCGUCGUCUCUUCAAACGUGCAGGUCCCGACGCUCAUGUCAACCCUGGUCUACCUCAACCGUCUCCGGUCCCGCCUGCAACCAAUGGCAAAGGGCCUCCGCUGCACCACACACAGGAUCUUCCUCGCCUCGCUAAUCCUAGCAGCAAAGUACCUGAAUGACAGCUCGCCCAAGAACAAGCACUGGGCUAACUAUUCGGUGAUGCCUUGUGCGGGCUUCUCUUUCGGCUUCUCAAGGACCGAGGUCAACCUCAUGGAGAAGCAGCUCUUGUUCCUGCUGGAUUGGGAUCUGCGCAUCACGGAGGAGGAUCUGUACCGCGAGCUGGACCCGUUCUUGGCACCGCUCAGGGGCGACGUGGCUGCACGCCACGAGCGCAGGCAGCGCAGGAAGGCCGCCCAACAGGCUGCCAUGGCCGCCGAGGACGAGCGGAGGCGCAGGGAGGAGGAGGAAGCGGCGGCAGCGGCAUGGCUCGCGGCACAGACGGCCAGCAGGAACAUCUACUCGACACCCCCAAUGACUCCGGACUCCAGGUCCAGGUCUUCGUCCAGGCAGAUGAGGCAGGAGAGCCCGGACUCGCUGCCCGGCCUGAGCAGCAGCUACGGAUCACGGAGCAUCCACAGCUCGCAUUCCUACGCGUCUUCGCUCUCAUCGUCGCGGGGCAGCGAGGCGACCACGCCGCUGUCCUCGGACGGCGAGGCGCCGUACAUCUACGACGGCAUGCUCCACACGGGCAGCCUCUACGAGCCGCCCGUCGAGAUCGUCCUGGAGCAGCCCAAGCAGCAGCAGAUGCUGCAGCCGCCGCCGCAUGCCCUGACGAAGCAGAGGUCCCUCCUGCCCUACGAGAUCAGCGCCGAGGAGCUGAGGGACCUGCAGGAGGGCGGCAGCAGGGUCAAGAGGAUGAGGGGCAUGCUGGGCCGUGUCUUUGGCGGCUCGGGUGUCACCGCGCGGUAA